UGUUCUGUGUUUAGUUCAUGAGACGAACAAGGAUGAGGAGAGCGAAGAGAAGGCUAGACUGAUCAGAGAAACCUUCUUGAAAAACCUUAAGCAGGAGGGGCUGGAAAUAUUAGAGAGAAUAGAGAAGGAAGGUGAGAUCUUCAUAGAACUGCAUGCACCUUUAAACCUGCUCAAGAAAUUUGAAGGAGUUCUCAAGAUGCGUCUGCCAAUUAGGAAAAGUGAAGAAGAAGAGGAUGAUGAACCUGAUCAAGGAUUCCUUCAAUCCUGGAUACAGCGUACAAAGAAACGUUUCAUUCCUGAUCCUCGGAUUAGGAAUAUUUCCAAGGGGAAGGAGUUGACAGCAAUCGACAGAGCAAGAAUUGUGAAUUAUGUGCUGGAAAACACACGGUACGGAGAGGAGAAGUCAGAAGUCGGCCUCAACCGAUUAGUCGAAAUGAAUGUGUUCACAGAUUCAUAUUCCCCUCAUGACUGGGACAAACGUCAUCUGUUACACCUUUAUUGGGCAGACACUCGUAAUAUUUUCAAACUUCAACCCUUAGAUGCAAUUCGAGAUUAUUUUGGUGAGGGUAUUUCGUUUUAUUUCGCGUGGCAACAGUUUUAUACCUUGAUGCUCAUAUUUCCCAGUUUGAUCGGACUCCUCUGUUUUGUGUAUGGCGUAUGGACCAUGUUCAGUGAUCCCAUCAGUAACGAUAUUUGCCCUGGUGGAAUUAUGGCGGAUACGGUGAUGUGUCCGAGAUGUGAUGGUUGUAAACCCUGGAUCCUACAGGAGGCAUGCAAUAUGUCAAAGGCUAAACAUGUGUUUGAUAACGAAGCAAUGGUACUCUAUGCAGCUUUCCUGAUUGUUUGGUACACACUCUAUCAAAAAUUGUGGAAGAGAUUCUCGGCUGAGCUUUUUUACAGAUGGAAUAUGGAUGAACAUAAUCCAGAGGAAGAAUCCCCUAACACACUCAGAAUUGUCGCAUCUUGGACAUGCGUCAUUUUCCUCAUCCUACUUAUUAUCAGUGCUGUUCUAAUCACUAUUUUCCUUAGAAUGUAUAUAGUUUCGCAGUUUGCUAAUUAUGGAAACUGGAUUUUACCAAUAUCAGUUGGAGGUGCUCUGAUAAGUGCGAUCAUUCUGAUUAUUCUGGAUUUUUGCAAUGGAUAUCUAGCAGUUUUGCUUACAAAGCUGGAACUCAGGAGAACUCAGAGUUCCUAUGAAAAGUCUCUGGCCUGGAAAAUUUACAUCAUUCAGUUGGUGAACAAUUGCUUUCCUCUUGUGUAUAUAGGGUUCAUCAAGGGCCAGUUUAUAGGGCGUCCUGGUGAUUAUCUAACUGUCUUGGGAUACAGACUAGAGGAAUGUUCUCCUGGGGGAUGUUUUAUUGAGCUCAGUGUUCAAGUUGGAUUUGUAUUCUUUUUUAAACAGAUUAUUUUAUCUGGAAAAGAAUUCUAUUUACCACAGCUCUUGAGGUGGUAUAAAAAUCCACACUCAAGGGCUGACCAUCUAUAUGAUAUUCAAAUGAUUAAGGAUCACGAACUGGAAGAGUUUGACCAACAGGGUUUGUCAAAAGAGUACCUGGAAAUUGACAUAGAAAUGAGCUAUGUGAUGUUUUCUGCAGCCUGCCCUCUAGCUCUUCUUGUUGCGUUAGGGAAGAAUUUGGUGGAGACCAGAUUUGAUGCUAAAAAACUACUCCUGCAACACAGGAGACCGGUUGCGCAGAAAAUGAGAAAUAUCGGAAUUUGGCGGGAUUCUAUGAAUUUCUUAGGAUGGUUUGUAAUUGUAAUUAAUGCCUUGAUGAUUACUGUUACAAGUGAUUUAAUUACUAAGUGGGUGUACUCAUUCAAAUACACCGAAGAAGGAAACUUCAAAAACUACACUAACUUCACUCUCUCAUCAUACGAUCAGAGGGAUAAUACGACAUGCCGAUAUCAAGCCUUUGACCAUUUACCAGCUGAGACCAACAAUAUUAUCAUUUUUACAAAGUUGCUGCUGGGCAUUGGAUAUAUUGUUCUGUUUGGUAUCUGUAAGCUGAUUAUAAGCUGUUGUAUUCCUGAUGAAUCGAAGGAUCUGACGAACAGAAAAGAAAGAGAGGAAAGCAGAUCUAUUAGCUCUGAUGAGAACCAGAUUGAACCUGUUGUCCCUACAUCUAACAUUGACGAGAAAGAAGAAACCAAGCAGACGGAUAAGGUCAAUAUGGCAACCAACCGAAUUGAUAUCCUUGACUCUGCUCUUCCUAUACCUGGGAGAAUUGACAGAAUAAUUGAGUUCCCUCUGGCAAAUGAAGAGGCAAGGCUAGAUAUUCUCAAGAAUUAUUCAAGGAAGAUGAAUCUUACAGGAGGAAUAAACCUGCGGAAGAUUGCUGAACAGAUGGGAGGAAGUUCAGGAGCUGAGGUUAAAGGAACAUGCACAGAAGCAGGUAUGUACGCACUGCGUGAACGCCGAGUUCAUGUCACCCAGGAGGAUUUUGAGAUGGCAGUUGCGAAGAUUAUGCAGAAGGACUCAUAGAAGAAUAUGUCCAUUACGAAGCACUUAAAGAAGAUCAAAAAUUGUGUCAAGUCGGUUAAUAAUUUGUUCGGAUCAACUGUAUAUAUAACAACUAUCGAAUAGAUCAACUAUACUUUUUCACAUUGAUCAACAACAUGCAGCAAAACAAUAUAUGUGAAAUUAUAAACUAUAAACAAUUUAUAAAACCUAUUUAUAUUUUUCAAGGUUUCAUAAGGCAAAACGUUAGUUAACGAUAAUUUCGUAAAAAUUUAUUCAUUCAUUUCAUUUAAAAAUAAUAAAUUUUUAGUUUGUUUA